CCAAUCAGUGUCAAAUGUACCAAAAUCUGAGUUGAUUUGAUGUGAUGAUCAUUCCGAAAUCCAAUAAUUAAACUUCCUGGUUUUCCUGUUACUAUUGUGAAAGAGUUCUUGUGUGAAGAACUUAAGAAUUAAAAAAAAACAAUGGGUGAAGUAUCAUUGGAGACAGCGGCGUACGCUAAAAUUAUAUUGCAUGCGGCCAAAUAUCCCCAUUGCGCUGUGAACGGCGUUCUUUUAGCGGAUGCCACAAAAAUCAGAGAUGGAGCUAAGAAUCAGGACUUAGAUAUUGUCGACACUAUCCCCUUGUUCCACCACAGUCACUAUUUGUCACCAAUGGCGGAGAUCGCGUUGACACAGAUAGAGACUGUGGCACAAGCAGACAAUCGUGUGAUAGCUGGCUACUAUGCAGCAUGUGAGAACUUCAAGGAUAAUUCUGUUGAAAAGUGUCCGGGACAGAAGAUUGCUGAAAAAAUUGCAGAGCAUUUCCCAUCAGCCGUGUUCGUUGUGGUUGAUAACAAGAGGAUGAUGCAACAUUUAGACACUCCUGCCAUAAAACUGCAUAAGUAUGCUGAUGGACGGUGGAAGCUUAAAGAUGCAAACAAAGUCAUGUUCCAGACUCCUUAUGUUUUGGAAACAGUGUCCCACUUACUGCAGCGUGGUGUCCAAAAGGACCUUGUGGACUUUGACAAUUAUUUGGAUGAUUUGUCCCAGGACUGGACCAACCUAGGUAUCGAGAAGCUUAUUGCCAGCAUCAAUGCGUCAAACACCAUAGACUGUAAGGAGGAUGAUAAACUGUUCCGAUAAUGCUUAGGGAAUGUCCUAUUAUAUUAGUGAAAUAUUUUACUGUAUUAGUGCAAUGUAAACUAUAUUCAACAAAAAUAUGGGCUGGCUUGACUUAAAGUGAUUCCACAGCUUGACAGGUGUGAGUGAGGUUACCAGUGUAACCCAAUCCCUUCUCCCAUCUACAUCUCCAUCAUAACUCUAAAAAGUCCACCAAUGCAUUUAUGACUCCAUGGGCAGUCCCGUUUGCUUACCAUGAGGUGAUACAUCUACUUGUUUGCUGGCCCUAUCCCAUAAAAUGAUCCCAAUUUGCUCAUUCGUCAGAUAUGUUUGUACAAUUAAUUGAAGCUUGAUUAGUUUACAUUGUGCUGUUACAUAAAAAAUAAUGGAAGUUUUCUAUCAAAAUGUGGAUAGAUAGUUAUUACUUAUUAGACACAUUUUUUAUAAAUUAAAAAAUAAUGGUUAUUGUAUAUCAUAACUUAUAUGGACGGCUAGUGUUUAUCAGGAACUUAAAUAUGUGAAUUUAUCUCUGCUUGAUCAAACAUUGUAAUAUUAAAUUAUUUGAAGUAUAUGCAUGCAUUAUAAUAAUAUGAAUGUGUCCUAAAGUGCAAUAUAAUUAUGUUUACACAAUUUGUAUUCCUUUAUCCAUGUUUCAAUUCAUUCCUUCUUAGGUAUAGUUCUAAGUGAAUUGUUAUACAAUAUAAACCUCGGUUUAUUACACCAUGAAAACCAUGUAUAAGCUUUUGUAUAUAAGCGAACACUUUACUACUACUAUUGCCAUUAUAAAAGCAUUUAUAUUUUGUGAAGCUGAAAUGUAUCUUGUUACUUUAAAAUAGUGUAUGUCUUGUUGAAGUAAUUUCUACACAACUACAUUUAUCGGGUACGGUUCUAGAUUAAAUUUCAGUGCGAAAAUUAUAAAUUAUUUAUGUUAUGGUUAUUUUAUUACUUAUGUACGUUGUGUAUGGAUAUUUAU